ACAACAUGAGCUGCCACCGCCGCCGCCCCGCUUGCCGGAGAAUUUUCUUUCCCCCCGGUUGUUAUCCCUGUGUCCACUGUCGUGCCACUGGUGCCCGAUCUGGAUCGGCCGCUGCACGUCUCUGGAUCCAGGCAGCUGAGCUUGGUGGCGAGGUUCCGGAGACGCCGCCUGUCCUUCGAGGGGGAGGCGUGCGCGUUGCUUCCAUCAUCGUCGCCCCCAACGCGUCUCUGCGACGCAUUCAAGAGGAGGCCGGCCGCCACCAAUGCCCGGGCGGCGAUGGGACGCCGCUGCACCCCCGCCCCGGGUCUUCCGCUGCAAACGCCGCCCCCGCGCAUCGCCUUGCAGACGAAGUACAGGAUGCCCCCUGGAGCCUGGCUGUCUAGCUGCUCUGUUCCUCCUCUGAUUGCGCACCAGCUAGUAGCUACCCCAAUUGCAUCCAUCCCUGCCAUCGUGCUCUGCUCUUUAAAACACCCAGCCCAGCCAUCGUCUAGAUUCGGUGCGUUUCUUGGUUCGAUCUGGCUGCUCGACGAGUGAUCCGUCCGGAGCUGCUGACCGAGCGACGUCGCCGCAUUGAUGAAUGCCGAAGCUAUAGCGGCCCUCCGUCGUCGCUCUUCCUUGGUCAGCAGCUUACCACUCGCACCGCCGCGGCUCUGCUGGUGGCGGCUCAGAGCGCGCCGUAGCCGGACCUCCGACAGCGCCUCCGACGAAACUCCUCCCACGCUAGCGGAGUGGGGCAAGUGUGGCCGCACGUCAUCGGCGCCGGACUACCAGGGCGCCAGGCGGUUCACGCUGGAGGAGAUGUCCCACGCCACCAAGAACUAAAGCGAUGCCAACCUCGUCGGCGCCGGCACCUUCGGCAAGGUCUACAUGGGCCUCCUGCUCGACGGCACCGUCGUCGCCAUCAAGCGCCGCGUCGGCGCGCCGCGCCAAGACUUCGUCGACGAGGUGAGGAGGCAGUCGGAGAUCUGGCACCGGAACAUGGUGACCCUCAUCGGCUACUGCCAGGACGGGGGUCUGCAGAUGCUCGUCUUCGAGCACCUGCCCAACGGCAGCGUCCUCAGACCCCCAAAUCCCCCCUCAAUUGGUGGGCAAGUGCUUUCAUUGUUUCUCCCCACUUCACAGAGCCAAGGCAGUAGGCACUAGUUGCCCUGAUGUUAGCAAAGCUCUCUGUUAUCUCUGUUAUCCCUUAACCAACAGGAACUAGUUGCUGUAACGUUCCUGUUGGUUGUAACUUGGUUGUUCGUCGUCGCGAGCGCUUAAUGAAGAUCAUGGUUGUGCAAA